UAACAGAUUGAUGUCUGUAACAUACAAACAAAAGACUGUCAGUUAUUAUUUAAGUGCAGUGAUGACGCCACAAUUGAGGCAAUGAAUAACUGUGUUUUUUAAAUCCACCACUGUAAUUCAUUACUGAUUAGUCUUUAUCUGGGUUUGCAUUGUGUGUGUUGAAGAUGCUGUUUGUCAAAGCCUUUGGAAUUUUUACCUGCAUAACUAUCGCCUGUGAAGUUUCAUACUCAUUGAAAUCAAAGAGUGAAAAUAGUAAAAAAUUAUUACAUACAUUGCUGGUCAACAGAGAGAAAAGAAACUCUCAGAAAGAGGAAUUCAGGGACUUUCUGACAGAACUAAAGAGGUUGUUAAAAAAACAAGCAGAAGAGAAAAAAUAUGAUUAUCUUACCAAAACAGGAAAAGAACAGACAGAAGAAACUACACAGAAGACAACAAAUACUGAGUCAACAAAACCUCAGAGUAAUCUAGAAACAAUGACGAUCAACGAGGAUCUUUCUAUGAGAAUGGUGGAUCAUCACGGUAAAAAGACAUUUAAAGAAGCCGACACUAAAAACCCCAGAACCAGUAAAAUGGCUGAGGCCCUCUUAGAAGAAGACACACACGAUUAUCACCCCAGACCAGUGUGGAGGAAGACUGUGAAAGGCAACAAAAGAACCUUUCUGAAGGGAGAUAACAUCUUGUGGAUGAAUGGCAUCAUUCCAUAUAAAAUCAAUGAAAAUGUGGACAGUAUAUGUCAACAGGAAAUACAGGCAGCCAUUGCAGUUUUCCACAGUAAAACAUGCAUCAGAUGGGAACCGUAUUUAGGCAGUGGUCAAGACCAUGUGGAGUUCUUUAUGGGUGGAAUGAGUUCAUCAUAUGUUGGAAAUAUAGAAGUGAGCAAAUAUGGUCGUUUGUAUAACUUGACUAGUCAGCCAAUCAGCAUUGAAUCUAGCCACUGUUCCCUUCAUGUGGUUCUUCAUGAAAUGGCACAUACAGUGGGAAUGACCCAUGAACAAAGUCGCAGUGACAGGGAUCAAUAUGUCACUGUCCACUGGGAGCAUGUUUUAGGGGGUAAAGAUAACCUAAACUUGGUCAAAGAAGAAACUGAUAAUCAUAAUAUUCCUUAUGAUUAUUCUUCUUUGAUGCACUACUCUGUCUUUGCAUUUUCAAAGGAUGGCAAAAAGACUAUUGAAUACAAAAAUUCAGACUAUGAAUUUCUUGGCCUUCGAGAAAAUUCUUUAUCUUUCUAUGAUAUUGAGGACAUAACCAAAGCAUACAAAUGUUCACAGAAAUGUCCAGACAAGAAGUGCCUGAAUGCAGGAUAUGUGGAUCAUACUUGUGUUUGUAAGUGUCCUGAGUAUCUUCGUGGUGAACAGUGUGAGGAAGUGAUAACAAGUGAUUGUGGUGGGGUAGUCGAGCUAUUUGCAGAAAAUGAGAAAAAGUCCAUCUUAUCACCUAAUUACCCUCAGUCAUAUUCAGUUGGAGACACGUGUGUUUGGUUAGUGAAGGCUCCCUUUGGAAUGAAGAUUGAGCUGACCAGCAAUGAUUUUGACCUUCCAGAUGGCAGUUCAAAUCAGUGUUAUCAUUGGCUAGAAGUAAGGUCCAAUCUGAUUGGUCAACCAGGCCCUUUGUAUUGUGGAGAUUCUCUUCCAGUGAUUGAAACAUCUUUAGGGAGCGAAUCUCACUUACUUUUGCUUAAGUUUGACUCUUCCUUCCAGUUCACCAAAUCUGGUAAGGGUUUCAACUUGAUUGUAACGUCAAAAAUUAGCCCCACACAGACAGAUCCAAACUCUUUUUCAAGUACUUCAAACUCUUUUUGUGAGUCUCAUCCUAAUUGGUGUUAUAACGGAGGAUCGUGUGUGAUAAGUAAUGAUGAUGUCAGCUGUGUCUGCCCAGAUCAGUUUUCAGGGAAAUUCUGUGAACAUGACGAAAAUGUGAAUCAAAUUGCAAGUCAAACUCCAGUUGAAUUAGGAACUUAUAAUUGCAAACCUGCAAUAACGUGCAGUAUGAAAGGUCUAACGAGUAAAUACUCAUGGAAGGUUGUGGACAAUUUUCUAACGGUUAUACCAAGACAAGGAACAAAGGGAGAUGAGGCCGAAAUGUUCAUCCCUUUCAAAAUUGCUAAUCGUGACAUGAAUAUGAAAUUCACUUUCAGAUGUUUCAAUGCUGGUAAAUCUGAUGUUACAUUAGAGGUUACACGAUACAUUGAGAGUGCAUACUACCAGUAUGAUGAAUCUGUUUACAUAGGGCGAUGUGAUGAUUCGGGGGCUGCAAAAGACAUAUCUAUUCCUAUUUACCCGUUUUUUGAUGAGGAAUCCACAAUUUUCUUCAAAGCAAAACUGCAAAAUGAUGGGGAUUUCAAUAUUGCAAUUGAAAGUAUCUCCAUUGCUGAAAUUCAUAAUAUGAAAUAGUGAAGUUAAUGUGUGCAUGCAUGUAGUUUUAACAUUCAAAUCUGUUCAAGAUUCUAUGUGGUGUUUGUGCAUACUGUUGUUCCUUUGUAGCCUUGGUUGCAAGAUUUUCCAAGGUGAAUUAAUGGCAACUUUAGUUAUAUAAUGUACAAAGAUUUCUUAAAACUCAAGUAUUU